GUUGCAGGGCGCGAAUCGAAAUCCCAGAAUAUUCCCAAAAAUCCAAACCGUAAAACGAUAAGAUUAAGUGUAUCUGUGAGAUACGCAGUGCCAAAGCAAAACCCAGUUUUAAUCCGACGAAAGCGGCUUCAACAAAAAGAAUGAAGUGCCAACUGCUUUUCCUGGCCACCGUGUGCCUGGCCAGCGUUUGGGCGCUCCCCGUGCCCGACGAGGAGGUUGCCAUUCAGCCGGAAGUCGGCGCCAAGGCCGAGUUGCUGACCAAGACCGCGCUGCCCACUGCCGCCGAGCCCGCUGUCCCCAAGCCGGAGGCCGAGAAGGUGCCGGAGCCCAAGAUCGCCCAGGAAGCCAAGGCCGCCGUUCCAGAGCCCGCCGCUCCCAUCGCUCCCGUCGCCGAGCCGGCCAAGGAGAUCAACAGUGUGGAGCUCAAGUCGAGUGCGCCGGACGUAGAGACCGCCCCAGCCAUUCCGGAGAAGAAGACCCUGCCCGAGGAGACCAAGCCCGCCCAGGAGCCCACUCCCGUAGAAGCCGAGAAGAAGCAGGAGAAGACUGCCCGCACGGAGGCGGAGCCUGUCGUCGAGGCACAGCCCCAGGCACCCAAGGCCAUUGAACUUGCCCCCGAGGCCCCAGUCGCCAAUGCCGAGGUGCAGAAGCAAGUUGUGGACGAGGUCAAGCCCCAGGAGCCCAAGACCGAUGCAAAGUCUGCCGAGGAGCCAGCGAUUCCCGCCGUAGUAGCCGCCGCCGAGAAGGAGACCGUCGUCCCCGAGCAGCCCGCCCGUCAGGAGAGGAUCAACGAAAUCGAGCAGAAGGAGGCCAAGAAGGAUGCUGUCGCACCCGAGGAGCCAGCCAAGGCCGCUGAAGCCGCACCCACCGCCGCCCCGGAACUUGCCAAGUCGGAGACCAACAUCCAGGUGAUUGCUCCGGAGAAGAAGUCCAUCGAGUCGACCGCCGCUGCCUCUCCUGCUGCCCAAGCCGCCCAGGCCAAGUCCGGUGAGGCCCCCAAGCCUGUUGACCAGCAAAAGAACACCGAGACCGUGGCCGAGGCCGCUCCAGUGCUCAAGACCAAUGCCCCACUGGCCCCCGCCGGCGCCACCAAGGUGACAGAGCCCGCCAAGGAGCAGGAGAAGGAGCAGCCAGCCGCCGAAACCAUCGCCAAGGCCUUGCCAGAGCAGAAGUCGGAGGAGACAGCAGCAGCUGGAGCUCCGGAGCCAGCCGCCGCCGUGCCCGAGGCCAAGAAGAUCGAUGAAGCACCAGCACCCGUUGCCGAGCCCGUGGCCAAGAGCCCGGAAGCCAUUGUCGAGCCUGCUCAAGCCCAAGCUGCACCGGCCGAGCCCAAAAAGUCGUCGGAGGAGAAGUCUGACAAGUCCGAGUCCAAGGUCGAUGAGUCCUCAGAGUCGAAGGAGUCGGAGGAGAGCAGCGAAUCGAAGGAGAACUAGGGAUAGUAAGAGCUUUACAUCUACCACCAUGCCUUUACCCAACGCCACCAGCACCAGCACCACCACCCCCGACCAUCGCACCACUGCUACGCCUUGGCAGCGUCUUAAUAUUACGAUCGUAGUUAGUGGUAUCCUUAGUUGUAAAUGGAGCAGAUCGAAAUGACACACAACCAUGAAUACGAGGGGAGAGCUGAGGAAGGCGCCCCGGAACAAUAGAACCAAGUGGAUCGGAAGUUACCCACGCGUAGGCAUAACAAUUCAACACACAACAAACAGGACAAACCGCUAAGAUGGCAUAAAGUAAUACUUAUAAUUAUAAUUUAAUUAAUGUAAUUUUAAUUAAAUCUUAGUCAUUGCAAGACAACACCCCUGCACUCUGCACCCCUGCAACCCCCAAUCCUAGAUCAGCCUGCCCAACUGUCCUUCCCAAAAAUAACCCCCAGAACGAAGCCAGCACUCGAGUAUCGCCUACGAUGCAUUAUAAAUGAAAAACCCUUUUUUUUUAUUU